AAAUCAAAGACUAUGACGUUCUUUGCUGCCAUACUUGUGGAACUUUGCUUUCAUACCGUUCUUCAGAGGAUAUGUGUCAUGCUACUUGCCGAUGAAGAUGGAUGACUAAAUUUCUCCUCGAUCCAGCGCACUGCUUGGUACUGAAAUGAAUGUAUGAAGUUUAUCCCAUUUCGGAACAUCUUAUAAAAUUACAACAUGUAUGACUACUCUAACGCCUAUUGUUUGAAAACGGCAGUUUGUUUACCACAGCUAUACUUCAUUUCGUGUACACUGUCUCCGAAUCGAGUGAGUGACGGACAUACAUCUUUAGAGAUCGGUGAACUUGUUCAAGUACGCGAAGAUGACGAACCUUGAGAUAAACCAUGAAGAUAUAUGGAAAAAUAGCUGAAAAAAGUUGAUGCUGGUCAUCGUUUUUUCCUCGUGCUGAACAUUGUAUUCGUAAAAGAAUAAGCGGUUUGUUUUGUUUUCACGUCCAUGUGUUGUGCUGUUUGUAUACGUAAAGUUCGUUUUUCCUCACAUGAGCUUUUCGAUAGUGAAUUGAAUGUAAACUUGAGCUAGGCGCUGCGUCGUGUUGAGCGAGUAUUGAAUAGUGGUACACUUCAUCAAAUAAUAAACUUAAGUGGAACGUUUGCGUGUGCAUCAAACUGAACGAAAGUUAUGGAAGCAACUGCCGGAACAUCAACGAAAACUGUUAGGAAAGGUGGCGCUGUUUGCUGUGAUCGAGAAGCGCUUUCGUGCGCGCCCGGAACGUUUGGUCCCACUGAGUUUUGUGACGCCACCGGCUACACCACCCUCAUCGGAUGCUGCUGCUGCAUCAGACGAAUCACUGGCAAGCUGCAAUAAUGAUUGCAUAACCGUGAUCACCACCAGUAACGGGGCAAGCAUACGGUGGACCUACGCAACAUCCCGCUUCUAUCGGCGUAACCAAAAACGCAAAAUAAUGUCCCCUCUGUCAAGUCCAAAGGCGAAACCACCAUACAGGGAGUUCCGAAUGAUUGCUUCCACCUCUCCAUCGGCGUCCUCGUCGACAUCGUCCAUAUCGUCCAGCUUGGGCUCGUCAGGGAGUGCUAAUGGUGGUGGUGGAUCCUCAAAGCUCCAACGAAGGCGACGGAGGAAGAAACGUGUGAUGGCUAGCAGAGUGGGGGAUUCCACAGGGAUCAAACACGAUGAGGAUGACGAUGAUGAAGAUGUGGAAGAGAGAAAUUUCUCCGAAGAUGAGAGUACUGACGAGACGGAUGGAAGACUACCCUGCGAAGCAGCUGCCAGUGCACAUUUAACCAACGGAAGCAUACGCAACAACGGCGUGGACGAACCAAUAUCGAUGCCAUGGUUCGGCAUGGACAUUGGUGGUACACUGACGAAGCUGGUGUACUUCGAACCGAAAGACAUCACCCCGGGCGAGCUUAAUCAGGAGGCCAAAAUCCUGCGAAAUAUCCGGCGGUACCUGACGAAACACUCGGCCUAUGGCAAAACCGGUCAUCGAGAUACUCAUCUGCAGAUGGAUGAUGUUGAAAUUAGGGGCCGACGGGGUUCGCUGCAUUUCAUUCGGUUCCCAACGGCGGAGAUGGACAAAUUCCUUGCGCUGGCGAAGCGAAAGGGCAUGGCCCAGCUGGUGACGACGGUUUGUGCCACUGGGGGCGGGGCGUUCAAGUUCGAGGAAAACUUCAAGCGGGAAGUCAACAUGAAGCUGGCCAAGUUCGAUGAGCUGGACGCACUAAUCAAGGGGAUUCUUUUCACGGAAACCCAUAAUCCAUGUGAAUGCUAUUACUGGGAGAAUGCUAGUGAUAUUAGUAUAAGUACAAAGAAAAAGUUCGAUUUUAGUCAGCCCUAUCCGUUCAUUCUGGUCAAUGUGGGCUCGGGUGUUUCGGUACUAGCCGUACGCGGACCAGAUAAUUACAAACGCAUUUCAGGUACUAGUUUGGGAGGAGGAACAUUCCUGGGGUUAUGCUGUCUCCUGACGGGGUGCACAACGUUUGAGGAAGCAAUCCAGCUGGCUACGAGGGGAGACCAUAAACGAGUUGAUAAGCUGGUUAAAGACAUUUACGGCGGUGAUUAUGAGAGGUUCGGUCUACCCGGGGAUUUAGUGGCAUCAAGCUUCGGACAAAUGAAUCUUUCGGAGCGGAGGGCGAGCGUUUCAAAGGAAGAUUUAGCGAACGCUACCCUGGUCACGAUAACGAAUAAUAUCGGUUCAAUCGGACGGAUGUGUGCUAGCAACGAAAAAAUCGAUCGGGUUGUAUUCGUUGGUAACUUCCUUCGUGUGAAUCCCAUCUCGAUGAAGCUUCUAGCCUACGCCAUGGACUACUGGUCCAAGGGUACGCUCAAAGCUUUGUUCCUGGAGCAUGAGGGAUACUUCGGUGCUAUCGGUUGCUUGCUACAGUUCAAUGGCGAACUCAAUGCGCACCUUAACCACGAGAGCGAGCUGCUGGCUUAGGUAUACCAUUAUACAUAGGAAAUUUCAAUCGCUAACUCUCUGCACACAUGCGAUACCAUGCAUAAACAUUAACAUAUUGACAUACUUGCCCAUGUGCAAGGUUUAUUUAGGUAGAAGAAAAUCCGUUGAUUCGAUUUAACAUAUAAUCUUGACUCAUUCAAAAUUAUUGCUGGGGACGGUAGGAAUCAAAAGAAAGGAAGCGAACAUAGUUGGGCCGUACUUUUCUUUUCUUUCUAGAUUAUUAGUAGGAAUUGUUUCUCGAGAACGAACUCUUAAGAAUCGAAACAAAAAAAAACAAAUCAAAUGCAAGAUGAACCAAUUUCCAAUAACAUAAGGCUUAACGUAUGGUUGAAUUAGGAUAUGUUGCAAAUUGUUUUUAAUAUUGACUCGGUAUUAGUGUGAAUAACAUCAGGGAGCAUUAUUUAUCAACUGUUAUUCUUGUUUCACGUUCACUUGACUUGAUGUUUAUUUUACUUGAUUUUUUCUCGAAGGUGUAGGUGAAGUUUCAAAAUUAUUACAAACAAAGAAUCAUGUAACGAUACGUUACAAUACGGUUAACAUUUGGCACUCCUCGAUUCCAUAUUAAUUUACUUAGCAUUGAAUUGCAUCGGUUGAGUUUUGAUAUCAUUUUCACUAAGGUAGGAAACAUUGUCAUCAUAGCUAUUUAUAAGAACGCUAAACUAUAGCAUUUGAAAUAUUGCUACUUUUGGGGUGGCAGAAAACAAGAAGGCAGCUGAAAUCACUUGCUUUAGCAGCACUCUAAACCCAGAAUCGAUUUUGUGUCGUUUCGUGUUUAUCUUAUUCUAGGACAUCACUAUUGUGUUAAUUUGUUUCUAAUACUGCGUUCAGGUUAAUAAGGUUUUAUUGUACAAAUUUCGUAUUUGUUAAGUUAUGUUACGCGCAAUCACUUCUUCUGCAUUUUACUUUGUCGUAGGUAUAAAACCAGAAAUUUUGAACAAUAUAUUAACUGCAACAGA